AUUCCAGUUAAGAUAACUCACUCAUGUUAAUUAUUAGCAGUUUUAAUUGUAAAUUUUCUAAUAUUUUUACAACUCUAUUUUUUAUGCCUUUUUACCAUGACUCGGAAAUGUGUGCUGUGUAAAGAGACCAAUUACAAGAACAAUUUUAGUUUCUUCUCAGCACCUAAGGACCCAGAGAUACGUAAAAAAUGGCAAAUAGCUCUUGGCAUCGAAAACUAUGCUAUUACUGAAGACAUAUAUGUAUGCAGCAAGCACUUUCAUAAAAAUGAUAUUAUUACACACUGGGUUAGUGGAGUACCACCACAAGUAAUAAAGAUCAAAUAUAAAAAAUGUCGAUUGCGUCCUGGAGCUAUACCAGGUAAAAAUUUCUACUCAAAUAAUAGUUCACAAUCAAUAGAUAAAGAUGCUUCAAACAAAAGUGAAGUGGAGAUGAAUAAUUUAUUGAUAUUCAAAAAAAGAAAAGAAAACGUAGAUUUAUUAAACGGUGAAGAAACUUUUCUAAUAACUAGAAAGAAUAAAAAUCAGAAUGAUAAUGAAUAUAUAGAUAAUAAAAAUACUAAUGUAUGUUAUCAGAUAUAUUCCAAGCUACAAGAUUGUGCACAUAAUGUCAAUGAAAAUUUUGACUGCGGUAACAUACAUUUACUAGAAGAUAUGGACAAGAUAGACAUAAAUAUCUCCAUGCAGAAUUUGGAAUCAAAGGAACCAAGAUCUAAAAGAAAUGAAUCAAAUAAGAUACUUAGACAUAAUGAUAGCUAUAGUUCAGACAUUUUUGUAAAACAAAACGCUGAAUCUAUGAACACAAUAAACAGAGAGGAAAGUCAAAUAUUGAACAAAUUGCAUGGAGAUACAUUGAGUAAAACAGUAGAAGAUAAAGUUAAAAAUUACAAUUCUUAUAAAGAAGAUAGAAUGUCAUUUGAGAUCUGGGAACAUAAUGUUACUUCCACAGAUUCGGAAGAAUCAGUCAAUAGCAACUUAAAAAUGACAGAUCAUUUGUAUAUAAGCAAUCAAAUAUCAGCGGCCUUGAACUAUGAUCAUCUGAAUACACAGAACGAAGUAGUAUACGACAUCAAUAAAAAUGAUAUAUUAUUCGAAGACUUCCUUGAAGUAUGUACAGAAGUAUCCAUACCACGUCGUUGGUCAUGUCUAGUAACGUCAAAAGGUCAUAGCACUACAGUAGUAUAUCUUUGUAUGGGGAUUACAAAAUAUGGACUUCCUUUUGUGGAAAGACAAGUAUUCAUCAAGAGCGACAUGAUAUUACAUUGUGCUGCGGCUAACAGAGAAAUCAAUCCAUUUGUGCAUAAUCUCUUAAAAGAAGACAAACAUAUCAAAGUAAAAAGUUUAUUAGAUAUAGAAAAACUCGUUGAUGAGUUUGAUCGACGAAUCAUAUGCCAAGGUAUACGCGAUGAAAAAGAUUAUGAAGAUAUGGAUAUGAGAAAAGUUGCAUGUAAAGAUGGAAUCAAAUGGCGUCAUACUUUAUGUCCAUUGAUCGUGGAUAAUAACCUAUCUAGAUGUACAAAAUGCGCUGUAUUGUUCCGCACAUUAGUAUGUAAGUCCCGAAAAUCAUAUUCUAUCGACUACAAUGAUCCUGUCGAACUUACGAAGCAGAAACGAAAAAAUAUACAUGUGUCACAGUAAAUUUAAAAACAUGUAGAAAACUAAAACUACCAAUAUAAGAGUGCGCAACAUAAUUUAGAAAAUAUAAUCAAGUUUAUACUUAGAUAGAAGUGCAUGAUGAUCACAUUUCAUCACGAUGUGAUUGUUAUAUUAUAACUUACCUUUUAAUAUCGUUUUAAAAGUCAUUACGUGAUUAACAUGACAUGAGCACAAGAUAUGCACAAGUGAUAUACAAAUAUGUAUGCGUGUUCUUGCCUAGAUUUUGAUUAAUGUUAUCCCUUGGUGAAAAAAUAUUUUAUAUUUUCUCAGGAAGUUUAUAAGAUUUCUUAUAUUCUAGAUUUAUGAAAAAUCUUGGAAAACUAUAAAAAUUUUUUUCUGAUAUUGUACGAAAUAAAUGAGAAUUUUUAGAAUACUUUAACAACUAUAUGUGUAAAAAAUUUCUAAGAAAUAUGUUUUCAUGUUUAUUCAGACUUAUACAAAAAUAUAUUUGCAGAAAAAAUCUAAAAUAUUACAUAAUUAUUAUAAUAUGAAAAAUUCUAAAAUAUGAAAUGAAGAAAUUGAAUAUUUUCUAUUGUUUCUAAUGAACUCGAGGAAAACUUCAUAUAUAAAUUUAAUGACUUCAAUAUGUAAAUAUGAAGUGUGCAAAAUUUUCGUGCUUUUUCCUGCCUAAAAUUUCAUUUGUGAAAAAGAAUGAAAAAUGAAAAAAUGUGAAAUACUUCUAAAUAACUUACGUUUCUUUUUAUAAUAUUUUUAAAAUUCUCGCGAUAUUUCAGUUAUCUAAGAAAUCUUAUUUUUUAAUUCUUUUAUACAGUAUAUUCGUUUAUUUCGUUCCAGUGUAAUUAUUAGUCGAACAACUAUUUUGAUAAUGCACAUAUAUUAAUCAUAAUGCAAACAUUAAUAACAGAACAAAAGGGAGAUAACAUUCUCAAAAUAAAUAAUAAACUGACCAUUUUAAUUUUAAAUAAAUAUAUAGGACGAAUAUGAAUAAAAUAUUU